GGCUGGCCCUGAAACAUACUUUCCUACAGACAAUCAGAGGAGUCUGAGCUGCAAACACACCUUUUGUGGAAGAGGAACAUCAUCUGAACCGGUGCACUUCUUCAUUUCUGUUGCAAACAGCCACUCAACAGAAUAAAAAAAUAAUGUUGGGCCUGCAGAAACUCCCCCUCACAGUGGCCCUCUGCCUGCUGCUCCUUGCCACGCUGUUACCCAGCUCUGAGGCCCGGCGUGGUCGUGGAGGUGGUGGCUUUAGCCGAGGUGGAGGAGGCUACAGCCGGGGCUGGGGCGGUGGUGGCAGCCAGGCCUACAGGCCAUCACCUGUCCAGAGCAGUGGUCCCAGUGCAGGGAAGGUAGCAGGGGCAGCUGCAGCAGGCGCUGUAGGAGGAGCGAUGCUCGGAUCUGCCUUGAGCCGCCCUGGGUAUGGGUACGGGUAUGGUGGAGGAUUUGGGGGAUACGGGGGAUACGGGGGAUAUGGAGGAUAUGGAGGGGGCUAUGGCUACCCACGAUAUGGAGGAGGUGGUGGUGGCUAUGGCCCCAGGCCUGGCUAUGAGCCAGAGGGCUCUGGAGAUAUGGAGUACUACACCGGAGCAUCCAGUGGCCCUAUCUACAACAGUAUCAUUGUUGUCAUUGGCUCCCUCAUGUCUCUGCUGAUGGGCCACUGGGUGGCAGUCAUGUAAAGCUGGAGACAGAGCUGAGAUCCCAAAUCCAGACGAGGAGCCAAACCCCCCGAAAAUAACCCACAACCUGACAAAUGUGUCAGAGUUAAAUGUGACCUAAACUAUGACCCCUGAAAGAUGAAAAGCUGUGGCCAGUUUGUUUUCCCGUCACUUCAGUAACCCUCCAUGAGGACAUGAAGAUGAAUUUGACUCAUUUAACCUAACAACAUGUGAAACAUCAUCCUUCAGCCUGCAGAUGUACAGAUGUAGAAAGAAAACCUGUAAAUAUUUUUAGAGCCGUGAGCUAAUUUGACUCAGUGAAUAACUAUCUGCCUUGUAUCCCACACUUCUAUUCCUCCUUUUAAUAAGUCCAGUCUUUUUAUACUUUUGAAGAUUCUGGUGGUGAGGAUGAUAGUAAUGAUGGUGAGGAUGUAGCAUGUUUGCCGUUAAGCAUAUUCUCCAUAAGAAAUCUGUGAAAACAGAGCAGGAAUAAAUUAGAUGUGUAAUCAGUUUAAGUCUACCUCAAGAAGGACCAGAGGAGAGCAGCUAUGCACGUCAUAUGAUAAUGCCAUUUCUCAGUGUAUUUAAUCAUAAUUUAACAAUUUUUCCCCUCUGAUUCAGAUGUCUAAUCUGCAUGUUAUAUUUUCAGUACAUUACUGGUAUAUGUAUACUUUACCUAACUGAAGUACAUGUUUUAUGCUAUUUUGUAGACUUUUAUGUGGAAGUGCAAAGUAUGGUCCCAUGUUUAAGAUUGUCAUACAAGUAAAAAGAACUUAG